AUGUCGCAGGCCCGCAGCGCCGGGGUUCUCCGGUUUCAAGCGCGCAUUGUUGCUCACGAAACAGUUUUAGUGUUGCUGCGUUUCAGUCUGUGGCACUCAGGGUUUCUGCAUCUCUCCAGAGUGCUGGUCCUGACUUCCCGAGGGGUCUCUUUACGCGCUUACCAGCUGGAGGGGGUCAACUGGCUGGCCCAGCGCUUCCUCGGCCAGCAUGGCUGCAUCCUGGGAGACGAGAUGGGCCUGGGGAAGACCUGCCAGACUAUCGCUCUCUUCGUUUACUUGGCCGGGAGACUGAAUGACGAGGGGCCAUUUCUGAUUCUCUGUCCCUUGUCCAUUUUAAGCAACUGGAGAGAAGAAAUAGAGAGGUUCGCCCCAGGCCUGUCCUGCGUGACGUAUGCGGGCGACAGGGAGGAGAGAGGCCGCCUGCAGCAGCGCCUGAAGCAGGAGCCGCGUUUCCACGUGCUGCUCACCACCUUUGAGGUUUGCUUGAAGGACGCGGCAUUCCUGAAAUCCUUCCCCUGGAGUGUUCUCGUUGUGGAUGAAGCGCACCGGCUGAAAAACCAAAGCUCCUUGCUGCAUAAGACCCUUUCCGAGUUCUCAGUGGUCUUCAACCUGCUGCUGACCGGAACCCCCGUCCAGAACAGCCUGCAGGAGCUCUACUCCCUGCUCAGCUUCGUGGAGCCCAACGUCUUCGCCCAGGAGCAGGUGGAAGAUUUCGUCCAGCGGUACCAGGCCAUUGAGAAAGAGCCCGAGUCAGCAGGGGAACUGCACCGGCUCCUGCAGCCCUACCUGCUGCGGCGCGUGAAGGCCGAGGUGGCCGCAGAGCUCCCCAGGAAGACAGAGGUCGUGCUGUACCACGGCCUGUCCGCGCUGCAGAAGAAAUACUACAAGGGCAUUCUGAUGAAGGACCUAGGUAACCGGGACACGCGCCCCGAGAGCUAGACGGGCGUGGUCUCCCCGCAGGGAAGGGCUCUUUCCUUUACAGGGGCCGAGCCAGAGCCAUUUGAAAUCGGGGACCACCUGAUCGAGGCCAGUGGGAAACUGCACCUGCUGGACAGGCUGCUGGCCUUCCUGUACGCCAGGGGCCAUCGCGUUCUGCUCUUCUCCCAGAUGACCCAGAUGUUGGAUAUCCUCCAGGACUAUAUGGAUUACAGAGGCUUCAGCUACGAGCGCGUGGACGGCUCCGUGAGGGGCGAAGAGCGACACCUGGCCAUCAAGAACUUCGGGCAGCAGCCGGUUUUCGCUUUCCUGUUGAGCACCAGAGCAGGUGGUCUUGUUUUCAUGUUUUUAGAAAACCACAUGUACUUAUUUGAAGGUAAAGACUAUUCUAAAGAACCCAGCACAGAAGACAGAAAAUCAUUUGAGCAACUGGUGGCGCUUCAGAGAGCCCUUCUGGAGACGGCCGGGCAGGAGGGCCGGCCGCUGCGCAACAGAGGCAGCGCCCUGCUCCCAGGACUCGGGGCCGGCGCGGCCAAAAGGCAGCGGGUGCUCAGCCCCGAGGAGCUGGAGGCCCUGAGGCGGCGGCGGCAGGAGGCCGCGGCCAAGCGGCGGCGACGACUGGAGGAGCAGCAGCGGGCCAAGGCAGAAGCGGAGCGCAGGAGGAAGUACGUGCCCCCGGGGGGCUGCGGCGCUUCGCAUGCCCGCGUGGGGCGGGCCCGACACCUGCUGGCGGUGGAGAGGAGAGCAGAUGGCACAGCCGCUGAGGCCCCGCUGCCUCCGGCCUCCGGCCGGUUGUCUGGUGCUUUUCCUUCGAGAUUCAGGGGGCCCUGGGCUGCACUGGGCCCCCUUGGCCGGGAGGGGCUGCCUGCCGGAAGAGACGGGUUCAGAUGCGAGCGGUCGUUACGUGCAUCUGCCGCGAUUCUUUCUAAAGUAGAAGUUUUCGAAGAAAGAGAGUUCUGGAGCGCAGCGAGUGGGGCGGCCGGGGGGAGGCCCCGCGGGACAGUGCUCACUCCCCUGCUCCCUCUUCUCUCUGCCGCAGACCUGACUUUGGGAGGAGUCCUUUUAUUUCCUAUUGAUGACAAGGAGUCAAGAAGCAAAGGGCAAGAUUUGCUGGCCCUGAUCGUGGCUCAGCACCGGGACCAGGCCAACGUCCUGUCCGGCAUUAAGAUGGCGGCCCUGGAAGAGGGCCUGCGGAAGAUAGCCCUCGCAGCGAAGAAAAGGAAAGCCAGCGUGCACCUCCCGCGCCUGGGCCACAGCUCGCAGGGCUUCAACUGGUACGGCGCCGAGCGGCUCCUCCGGAAGCUGCUGGCGGCGAAGGGCGUCCCCACCUACGUGUACUACCACCCCAGAAGCAAGCCGGCGGGGCCCUCCCAGCCCGCAGCCCCGCUGGUGCAGUAGCGGUCUCCGCGGCAGCCAGCGGACCAGCCGAGCGCCUCAGACGGCGGCCGCAGGGGCCUCCGAGAGACUCUAGAUUCUGACCUCCUCCCUCAGGCCACGCGGGGAGGCCCGGCAGCUUCCAGGUCCCGUCUGAAGAGCCACGUGCUAAUAAACGUUAUAUUU